AUGCUUCGUGUUGUGCAAGAUAAAAAUCUUUUCAUUGUGUAUUCGAACCUAUUCUUGUAUUUUGAAUGGAUACUCGACGAGUCAGAUUUAAAAAAAACCAUCAUUCUGCGAAGCCCUGACUUUAAUAUUGGAGGUGAAGGAGCAUCUUACCUUGAAGUAAGUGUUAGCAGUUUUCACUCAAUACUUCUUAAUUUCUAUAAUCUGGAACCCCUUGGAAAUGGAAGUUGUGUACUCAUCAUAUAUGACAAGCAUAAUUCCCACUUAAAGAGUAUCAUCAAAGAAUCAAAAGAUUUCCUAAGAGGUAAAGUUCAAAUCGAUUUGUUUGGAGGCAUUUUGAUUUUGCCAUCGAAUGCAGAAUAUCCUAUCACGAUCAAUUGCACUGCAAGGUCAUCGACUACUGAUCUUUUAAUGGAGUCGUGCGUUUAUCGUGAGACUAGAAUGAAUAAUCUUUCUUCGGAUUUAACGAAAAUUCUGGAACAAUCCUACAACACAGACGUAGAACUGGUGGGCACGGGUGGCGCGAGCAUCAAAGCACACAAGAUUAUUUUACAAGCUUGUUCUCCGGUGUUUCAGAAAACGUUCGAACAUGAUUCCAGGGAAGCUUCUACCAAUGCAGUUGAUAUUUCGGACAUUACGCUAGCUACAAUGAAGAGACUGGUCAAGUUUUUGUACUCGGGUAGAAUGGAAAAGUGCAAUUUUGAUGAACUUGUGCAGCUGUACUACGCUGCUGAUAAAUACGAAGUUAUGUCCCUUCUGGAAGAUUGCAGAGCUGAACUGCUGAGUUAUCUUAACAUAAACAACGCCUGUUUCCUGUUAUUUUUAGCGAAUCGCCAUAAUGAUAGUGUUUUCCAGGAGAAAGUUGUGCAGUUUGUAAGUGCUAAUUUUAUGUCUGUCAUUAAAAUGGAUUCGUUUUUGGAAUUGAAUGAUGAAAAUGUAGGAUUACUAAUGCGUUUGUGUGUUCCUGCCAUAAAAAAGUAA